UUUCUGCAAAUUCAAUCGUAGAUGUGACAAACGUUCAAUCUAAUCCUCAAAGUGUUACAACUUAUGAAGACUACGAAAUAGAAGAUAAAUGUUAUGAUGUUGGUGGUGAGAAUAAUGAUGAACCUGUUAAUAAGGUUGAGAAAAAUCCUGAUGAAGAGCAGGAUGAAGACCAAGAAGAGCUUGGUGAAUUAAU